UUUUUUAAAAUUUGGAUAAAAUGGGCUCUAUGGGAGAUGGCCUUUCUGCAUUUCAUUACUGAAUGUAACUGGGAAUAAUAAUAAUAAUUGUGUUCGGUCCGAGCGUUCCUUUGGGUUUCCAUUUGUUUCCAAAUACAAUGAGAGCUAAUGAGACAUUUUCUGUUUAUGUUGCAGAAUUAGAACCAUGUUGAAAAGAAUUCGUGGAUGUGUUAGAACUAUCCAGAAACAAUUUCGUCGUAAUAACAAGGUCCAUCAUCUGAUCUCCGAAGACAAUGAGCCGAUGAACCACAACGUGCCGACCCCUGUUCAUCUCUUCCAAGUUGCACCGGUGGUGAGUCCAGAAGCACGGAUACAGACACAAGGACACAAGGAAAAGGAGAUCCAAACAGAAGUCGCAAUAGAAGAAAUAGUAAAGGAAGAAAUCAAGGAUUGUGAAAGCAGCUUCUCUGACCCAAUUCAAAUGAUUCCGAAUCCCGGAGCUAUAUUCCUGGUCGUAAAAGAAGCGGAAAUGCGACUCGAAUACAGUGAAGAAAUAGCCCCUGCUGUUUCCUUACCUGCCGACUGUUCUGAACUACUGGAGACAUAUGAGAGCCGUCACUUAGACGAUCUUAUAGUUGAAGAGAUCAGUAGUUCAUUAGAGAUGGGAUAUCAAGCAGAAGAAUCCGAUGCAACUACAGGCAGUGUAAAUACAUUAAAGAGCGACUAUUCUUCAGAAGAAAGUGAUGAUAAUUUGGAUGCGAUAUCCAAGGAUCUGCCUAAAGACUCAUAUACCAGAUCAGGCAGUGUAAAUACAUUACAGAGCGUCUAUUCUUCCGAAGAAUCAUAUACAGCAACGGGCAGUGUGAAUAUAUUGCAGAUCGACUAUUCUUCAGAAGUCAGUGAUGAUACUUUAGAUGCGAUAUCCGAGGAGCUGCCUGAACAGUCAUGUUCAACUGCAGGCAGUGUAAAUAUAUUAAAUAUGAAGUAUCCGUCAGAAGGCAGUGAAUAUAAUUCAGAUUCCCUAUCUAAGAAUCUGCCGGAAGAGUUGAAUGUAAGUGUAGGAGUUCAUUCUCUUUUGCACAAUAGAAAGGCUAAUGAUUCUUGUCUGUAUUCUCCUUAG